AUGUCAGUUGAUGCCAAUGAUACCGUCUCCCUUAGCGGAUUGAAAGACAGCGACAAGAAGGAGCAAUUGAAGAAGAUGAAGAAAUUAUCAUAUGGUCCAGCCAAAUCACCACGAUAUGAAUUUACUAUGAAUCGUUCAUUCAGCAAAUCGUUCGAGAAAUCACGCUCGGCAUCUGUUAGUUCUACUGGAGAUUCACAAUUGCCUGUACCAGUUGUACCACCACAGCAGCCAGCAAAAACUCCACUCAAGAGAAUUGCAAGCUUAGACAUCAAGGGCAAGCCGAAAGGAUUCCUCACUGCAUUCUAA